UUCCUUUUCUUUGACUAUUAUUUUUCUUUUGGAUCAAAUAAUUAAAAAAAAAAGAAUUAAAGAAAAAAACAAAGCAUUAGUUUGAGAACUAAAAUGGUCCCAAAAGGACAUAUAAUUCAAAUAUCUGGAAUUCUUGAAUCCGGAUUGGCAAAUUCUGUUGAAGUGAAAACCCUCUUGUAUUCUCCUUUACAUGGCUUCCAAGAAAGAAUCAACCCCAAAAUCAGUUCAAGAAUUGUCCAACAAUGGUGAAGAACCACCAGCAAAAUUUUUCCAUAAAGGAAAUGAUGCUGGAAUCUCAGAUGUUUCUGUCCCACUGAUCGAAAUCCCAGUUGUUGAUAUUGGUCUCCUCACAUCUCCAUCAACCAAGAAAGAGGAGCUUCAAAAACAUCGAUUAGCUCUCACCUCCUGGGGCUGCUUUCAGGUAAUAAAUCAUGGAAUGACAAGUUCAUUUUUGGACAAAAUGCGUGAAGUUGGCAAGAAAUUUUUCGCAUUACCAAUGGAAAAGAAGCAGAAAUAGUCUAGAGAAGCUGACAGCACUGAAGGGUAUGGAAAUGACAUGAUCAGCUCAGAGUAUCAGACACUUGAUUGGACUGAUCGAUUGUAUCUAACACUAAGCCCUGAUUAUCAGCGGCAGCUCAAAUUUUGGCCUGAAAAUCCUCAAGCUUUUAGGGAAACCCUGCAUCAGUUUCUCAUGAAGUCACAGCAGAUAAAUGAAAUCCUCCUUAAAGCAAUGGCGAUGUCUUUGGACAUAGGGGAGAACUGCUUUUUGGAGCAGUAUGGAGAACAGCCAUUAGUGACUGCAAGAUUUAACUAUUAUCCUCCCUGUCCAAGGCCUAAUCAAAUUCUUGGAGUAAAACCACAUGCAGAUGCAUCAGCAAUCACAAUUCUCUUGCAAGACAAAGAAGUUGAAGGUCUUCAGUUCCUAAAAGACAAUGAAUGGUUUAGAGUUCCUAUCAUUCCACAAGCUCUUCUUGUGAAUGUUGGGGAUCAAGUUGAGAUAAUGAGCAACGGAAUAUUCAAGAGCCCAGUACACAGGGUGGUGACAAACUCAGAAAGAGAGAGGAUUACUAUGGCUAUGUUCUUCAUUCCAGGAUCAGAUAAAGAAAUCAAACCAGCUGAUGUUUUGAUUGAUGAAACUAGGCCAAGAUUAUACAAGAAAGUCAAAGAUUAUGUUAGCCUCUACUUCCAAUACUACCAGCUUGGGAGGAGACCAAUAGAAGCAGCAAUGAUGUAGGUGGUUCGAAGCCUUGAAAAUUAAGCCUAGAUUACAGCGAAUUCAUAUGAAAUAAACAGAAAUGAGUUCUCAAAGAAUUUGUUUGAAAAGAGAGGAGUGGGAAACUUCAGUAUAUAUUUUAAAUUUUUGAGAUACAAUCGAUGAUAAACUGAAUUUUUUCCUUUA